AUGUCCGCCUUUGCCUCUCUGCGUCCCUCGCUGCGCCUGGCCAACAACGCCGCCCAGGCGUCGCGCGGCUUCAGCUCGUCCGCCUCGCGCUCCAUUGCCCGCAUGAUCGUCACCGGCCGUCUGGCCCAUGAGCCCGAGCUCCACGCCACCUCAUCCGGCCAAGACGUCAUCAAGUAUGCUGUUGGUAGCUCGUAUGGGCCCAAGGACAACCGCCAGACCAGCUGGUUCCGCGUUUCAAGCUUCACGCCCGAGGGCCCUCAGCGGGAUUUCAUCAUGAGCCUGCCCAAGGGUACCCUCGUCUACGUGGAAGGUGAUGCCAGCUUGCGCGUCUACGAGGAUGCCGACGGCAAGAAGCAGUCCUCCCUGAACAUUAUCCAGCGCUCGCUCGAGAUCCUCAGUCGCCCCGCCAACAUCGAGGAGCAGUAA